UAUUUCGUUUACAGCUUGGACGGGUUGCACGAGUGAAUAUCGGGCAUCAAAUCGAGAAGUAACUAUAACACGGCUGUUACAAUCUAAGAUAACAAAUGCAUUGAUUCAUGUCUUACGAAUUGACUUUACAAUUCGCUUGAUUUAUUAACCAAGGGCUUGAAUUCCAACGUUUCCAAAAUGCCUCAGUGGGUCGAACUUCCUCCGAAUUUAGUUCCCUGCAAGAACACCAAGGGAAAAUCUAUCUAUCAAACAGACUUUUCCAGCAAAAGGCCGGGAUUUCAGGUACACCUGAUGAAGGCUCGGGGUACGGGAAGCUCACAUCACCCUCGACUACCAAAGGAGCCAAGUCGUUCUUCUAUGCGCGCAUCGCAAACUGGUGAUUACAUGAACUUCAAAGAAGAAUACGAGAGGUCACUGGCCGCAGCAACAGGGAAAAAGAUAUCCGAGUUACACUACAAAAUGCCCCAAAGUGCCUCUUCCUCUACAACAGGUUCUGCUGUGUACAGGGAGGUGUUAUCACAAUACAUGAAACCGAGUCUGGAGAUGGUCGAGAAGGCCUGGAAGGGAGAGACCUCAGCUACUAAAAGAGACCGAGACCGAACGUUCGGAAUGUCUAGCAAGAAAGUUGAGAUCGUACCAAGACCUCCACAGACAGAGAAAACAAAAAAGACGCCAUCCCGUGUUUUACCUGGGAUGUCCCAUUGGCUAAAUCAGUCAAACGAGUAUGAAAAAGCGGUGGUCUACAACUUUAUGAAACAUGUAACCAAGGCAACCGACAAAAGCUCUCCACCUCGCCCCAGCACUCCGCAGCAUGGUCGGCGCGGCAGCACACAGCAAUCCAGCCAACCUAAGUUCGUUAACGAGCUGUUUUACAAGCAGAGAGCAAAGAGCGCGCACUCGCAAAGACCCACCGAUAAACUCCAUCUACCACCACGGCCCAAGACGGUGGCUUCAUUCAGACCAGAAGACUUUGCGAAUGAGUCAGCCGAGCAGACCUGGGCACCAAAGACUGAGGAUCAUCGAAAUGCGCAUGAUCGAGGUCACUUUGAUCACGUGCACCACACUGAUGGCACAUGUGACCGCUGUGAUUACUACAGAGUAAAGAUGCUUUUGGAGUACCUCAACCGGCAAGAGCCUGGCCUGGGAGAGGCCACUUUGCGUCACCUCCUGCGACCGCGUGUGGACCCCCCGCAUGAGCAUCCCGCCUACGACUACGACUACAUCCACGAGAAUUCCUUCUUUACAAACACGAGCGCAAGGGAUCGUGGGUACUUUAUCAUCGCGCCGGACUGGGUCUCAGAGCGCAAGGGCAUUCAGCCUGUCAAGUACCGCGCGUAGCCUAGGUACGAGUCUCAUCACUCGCAUUGGGUUCUCGCCUUGUGUUACUUUAGUUUUGUUUGCUGGAGACAAAUGCGAUGAUGUAUGUCCCUGCGCCAAAGGUUCUCGUGCCACAAAAUACCUGAAUGCGCGGAGAACAAGUGAAUGCUAUGGCUUAGCUUAGAUUGUGACGUGCGCUAAAGUGGCCACCAAAACAAUUGACACGAACAUCAUAACUAGGAGGUUGUCCACCAAGCGCGUGUCUUAUCAGAUAACACGUUUCUCACAUCCUUGUUGGCUUAUUUCCUUUAACUGUCAAACUGGCCACGGUAGCGCGCGUCGCAUGGCCACACUCGAUCUAUUAUCCUAACAUUGGCUGCCCUCAGGCUUUAGUGCGCCUUCAUCGUAACAGCAAUGAGAUCAACAAUUUGGAAGUAGCAUUUGUUUUUGCCUCUGAAAAAAGUGCGCUUACUUGCGUUAUGGGGUUAAAAUCAGUUCACAUACUAAAUGCCAUGUUUUAUAUCAAUUCGCAAACCACUGAGAUUGGUUUGAUAGACUAUAUGUUCAUUAUCGUUGUUGGUCGACUGUGAAGCUUAUGUAUCAGGUUGAUAUAACUGUUCGAUGUGAACUCUUUUGAAAGAUUUGUACAAAACGCAUGAGGUAACUUUACGUGUUAUUUAUCAGAUUAUCUACAAAAAGUGAAAAUAUUUCCUUUUUCCAUAUUUGUUUGGUAGAAUCUACUGUAAAAAGUAAUGUCAUGAUAAUAUAUUCACAAAAACUGUUUAAAAUAAAUAUUUCCCUACACUCUAA